AUGCUCCGUUCUGUUGGCGGAGCGGUCAACAAUCGGCUGCGGGUGUACGGCACGACCAAUGUUCGCGUUGUCGAUGCGUCUAUCCAUCCGUUUCAGCUUUGCGGUCAUCCGAUGGCUAACAUUUACGCUAUUGCAGAGCGUGCGUCAGAUUUGAUCAAGGAGGAUUCGACGGUUAGUUCUGGAGGCAGGCUCGUCGCUGGAUAUCAGACUGAAGACCACUGCGCAUUCACUAUUUCAUCCCAGCAGUGGCAACAUGACCCUUCAAGAGAAAAAUACUCCCAGCCCCAGGGCUUUUCCAAGGCUACAAGAGAGUCCGCAUCACAUCAAAACUCGCUUUUCGUGCAACGUCUCUGCCAUCACCACUGCUAUUCGCUCACCACCACAGGCGGAGCCAUGCCGAGCAAAGCACACCAACACACUAAGAUGCGAGGGCUUCUCCCCUCAGCUAUCGAAGACGAAAAAGAGUUGGAUCCCAAGAUGAAGCGCAACGCCCGCGAAGUCGAGGGUGAUACCCCGAAGACCGAAGCAAAUGAUGGCCCCAAAGAGAUCAAGCCUCAGCCAAAUCCAGUCUCCAAGCGUAUCAGCAUCAACCGCGAGGAGAUUGCGAAGCUUAUGAUGGCUCAGUCCCAGGCUGCUCUACAGGCCACGCUCGGACUGCCCUUCCAAGCUCGCAACGAAAUUGGCAAGAAGGUCCCAGGGCCCAAUAAAUCUCGGAGCACCAAUCACAAGCAGCCUGUGUAUGACGGAGCCACCAAGGGACGCCCUGCUCUCUCGGACGAGGCUGUCGCAGCCAUCCUCAGAUACACCAAGCCGGAGUGUACCAAGGCCCAGACCUGGGUCCAUGCCCAUGAGUUCACCAAAGCUGUUCAGGAGAGAAUGAAGGCCAAAAUGGAUGAGCGUGAGGACCUUCGCAAGAAGAUUCAUCGCAAGCUGCAUGCUCAGUUGAUGGUGAACAAUCCCGGAGCGAAUCCCACCAAUCUCCAGGCAGUGCGAGGUGACCAGGUGGAGGAUGACAAGCUGACUGCGACGGAGAGGGUCCAGAGAGCCCACGACAGACUUCAGAAAGCAUUGGCAGAGAUUCUGGAUGUGUAG